CUUGGCCUCGGCGCGUUACCCUCUGCCAUCUCCUGCCCGGAAGCCGGCGGAGGAGAUCGCGGCCAAGUUCGAGCCACAGCUCCAGGGUGUCUGAACCCUGCCCCGCCCGCUCCAGACCCAUGCCUGCAGCGUUCGUUCGUUUCUUGGAAAUAUGGAAGAAGCGGACCGAACUCCCGAGGGAUGUUUUCUUUGGACGCCCCCCCCCCCCCCGAGAAUGCGGCCCACAAGAUACACACUCACUCCUCACCUAGAAAUUACCCCGCGCCCCUAGAGGGCCGGAGCGUAGCCCUUUGUAUUACCCUGCAAGCCCCGAGAAGAGAGAAUUUGCGGCCCAGAGGCAAGGUGUCCUUUCGCGGUCGUGAUGGGUCCUGGGUCUGGCCAUCGGCAGAUACCUGCACUCUCUUGUGCAUCCAGGCAUACACCUGACUCUAUGCCACUGACCCCCAGGCUUGGAAAGGCUCUUAAGGCAGAAUGACUUUAUUUUCUGAACUGGUUCAUGGACAGAACAUUUUAAUUUGGAACGGUCCUGGAAAAUCCAGGUGAUGGAUAUUCUGGGCUAACCACCCUCCCCGUGCUUCACUCGCCUAUGGUAACAACCCAGUCCAAUCUGGAUUCAAAUACCUUCAUUGACAGGAAAUGAACACUUCUCUCCUGCAGCAGACUUCAGAGAUGGAGUCCACAACCUUCCCUCUCACUUUGACCCUGAAGGAAGAGGAAGAGGAAGAAGAAAUUCAGAGCCGGGAACUGGAGGAUGCGCACACGGAUAUGCAAAAAGUGCGAAUCUGCUCAGAGGGAGGAUGGGUACCGGCCCUAUUUGAUGAGGUGGCCAUAUAUUUUUCCGAUGAGGAGUGGGAAGUUUUGACGGAGCACCAAAAGGCCCUCUACCGGGAAGUCAUGAGGAUGAAUUAUGAGACUGUCCUGUCCCUGGAAUUCCCAUUCCCCAAGCCAGACGUGAUCACUCGGCUGGAAGGGGAGGAAGAGUCUCAGAAUUGUGACGAGUGGCAGCUCCAGGGGGGAGCCUUCACAGAAAACGAAGAGUCUGAUGUGAAGCCUCCAGAUUGGGCAGGCCCAAUGAACGCCACCUCCCAGUUUUCUCAGCCUCAGCAUCUUGACAGCUUUGGCCUCCGCCUGCCUCGGGACAUCACAGAGCUGCCCGAGUGGAGUGAGGGGUACCCCUUCUACAUGGCCAUGGGCUUCCCAGGCUAUGAUCUCUCGGCUGACGAUAUUGCUGCAAAAUUUCAGUUCAGCCGGGGCAUGCGCCGCAGCUAUGAUGCUGGGUUCAAGUUAAUGGUGGUGGAAUAUGCCGAGAGCACCAACAACUGUCAGGCUGCCAAGCAGUUCGGAGUAUUGGAAAAAAAUGUCCGAGACUGGCGCAAAGUGAAGCCACAGCUCCAGAAUGCCCACGCCAUGCGGCGGGCAUUCCGUGGCCCAAAGAAUGGGAGGUUUGCUCUGGUGGACCAGCGUGUGGCCGAAUAUGUCAGGUACAUGCAGGCCAAAGGGGACCCUAUCACCAGAGAGGCAAUGCAGAUGAAAGCUCUCGAGAUUGCCCAGGAAAUGAACAUUCCAGAGAAAGGAUUCAAAGCAAGCUUGGGUUGGUGUCGAAGAAUGAUGAGGAGGUAUGACUUGUCUUUGAGGCAUAAAGUGCCCAUGCCCCAGCACCUGCCUGAAGACCUGACCGAGAAACUUGUCACUUACCAGCGGAGUGUCCUGGCUCUGCGAAGGGCACAUGACUAUGAGGUGGCUCAGAUGGGAAAUGCAGAUGAGACUCCAAUUUGUUUAGAGGUGCCGUCACGGGUGACUGUUGACAACCAGGGGGAAAAGCCUGUCUUGGUUAAGACACCAGGCAGGGAAAAACUAAAAAUCACAGCAAUGCUUGGUGUCUUGGCUGACGGGAAGAAAUUACCUCCAUAUAUCAUUUUGAGGGGAACAUACAUCCCCCCUGGGAAGUUCCCCAGUGGGAUGGAAAUCCGCUGCCACCGAUAUGGAUGGAUGACUGAGGACUUAAUGCAGGACUGGUUGGAAGUGGUGUGGCGACGGAGGACUGGUGCGGUGCCCAAGCAGCGAGGGAUGCUGAUCUUAAAUGGCUUCCGGGGCCACGCCACUGACUCUGUGAAGAGCUCCAUGGAAAGCAUGAACACUGACAUGGUUAUCAUCCCAGGGGGCCUGACCUCACAGCUCCAGGUGUUGGAUGUGGUGGUGUACAAACCACUGAAUGACAGUGUGCGGGCCCAGUACUCCAACUGGCUUCUGGCUGGGAACCUGGCACUGAGCCCAACGGGAAAUGCCAAGAAGCCACCCCUUGGCCUCUUUCUGGAAUGGGUCAUGGUCGCGUGGAAUAGCAUCUCAAGUGAAUCCAUUGUCCAAGGGUUCAGGAAGUGCCACAUCUCCAGCAACCUGGAAGAUGAAGACGAUGUCCUGUGGGAAAUCGAGAGUGAGUUGCCAGGAGGAGGGGAACCCCCAAAAGAAAGUGACACUGAAAGCUUGACUGAGAGCAACUGAAGGAAAAGUUCAGUUUUCCAGCAAAUGGAACUGUGAUUGAAAGAGUUGGGGAGGAAAAUCCUCACGAAGAUGAUUCCUGGCAGUGUGGAUGCACAGAGAACAGCAGGAAGAGGCCAUGGUGCUCCUGGUGGCAGUCUGUACGUCCAGUCCUGGGACAGCCCGACCCCUCCCACGUCCGUGAGGGGUCAGGAAAGUUUUGGACACUUAAUCAGAGACAUGACUAGAAAAAAAACUGCUUCUGCCCCAUUUCUCGUUGUGGACAUCACUCCAUGUGUUCAUGAAAAGAGACCUGUAAAUAUGAAUGAACAAAAGUAUUUCCUGGAGAAGAGACCGUUUGCUCAACACUGACAAGACUCAUCUGGGUACAGCACUACCAGUGUCCUUUCUGUGGAGAAACCUCAAGUAAAAGUUUUAUUCUGCCUUUGAAAAUGCAUCCCAGAGUAGGACCUGUCCCCACACAGGUCAACACUAAAGAGAAGACUUUGUAGAACUGUUGGGUCACUUAAUGUACACCUACUAGUUACACGUUUCCUCUUUAGGAAAAAUGAGAUGCUAAUGAUAACAGCAAAAUUAAGACACACUGGCCUGGUGCCAGCAAAUGGCUUUUCUAUAGACAAACUGGGUUAGUGUGGAAGAUACAGGUUAAAAUAAACUAUGCUGUUUUAUUUAUCUUCCCAAACUGGUUGGCAGCUAGACUUUUGGGGUCUUGUUUAAGUGCCCUAUUUUUUUUCGUUAUUAUUAUAUUUAAUGAUAAGGCAGUAUUUAGUACAUAAACUCUUCUGUUUCUCAGGCUGCCUGCAGAAGUCACCAUAAAUUAUCUGCUGUCUACUGGGUACAAAACCCACUGACUCAUCUGAUACUUGUUUUGUUACUUUAAUAGUUUUGUCUCAAGGGUGGUGGGAGGGCAUAGCCCUUUAGCCACAGCUGUUCCAGGACAUCUUUUCUUUCCUGCAGGAAUAGAUUGAGGGGGUCAUUGAAUUUUUACAGUAUAGUAAUUUGCAUUCCCACAUAAGUCAGAUGUUAUGAAAACAUUCCUUCAGAGCUAUCUGUGCUACAAAAUAUGCCAGAACCUCAUAGAAAAAGCCAUUGCUAGAAAUUUCAUUCCAAUAUCAAUUCUGGAGAACAAGGUACCAUAACCACUGCUCCUUCCUGUAGACUUGUAUCACCUGUAUAUCAUAAACCGUUCUUGGCAUCUUGAAACACCUAUUUCUACUCAGGUACUUAUUUCCCUGUUAGAGAUUUACCUUUCUAAAUUUUUUAAAACCAGUUUUUCCCCAAGGGAGGAAAUUUCACUUAACCUCUGGCACCUGAAUUCCUUUUCAUAUAACUUCUAGUGUCUGAGUAACUUUCAAUAUUUGAAUUGUUUCUCAUUUGCUUUUACCUGUGCUAUUUUGUCAUCUCAGAUGGCAUCUAAACCCAGCAGCUACUUUCCAUUCCUGAAGUUUCCAUUCCCUCUAAUUCUAUUUAAUUUAUUCUCCACUGACCUAGUUCCUGGUCCUUUCCUCUUUAUGUCCUAUUUCAUUUGCUUUGGGAGCUUAAAAGGUUUUUCAAAGACUGAAUUUAAGGUUUCUGCAUCAGGGCCACUGUUACCUUGCCAAGAAGAGUAGAAAAUGGGCUUAACUCCUGUUCAUUCCACCACCAACUCCUUGAGUCUCAUCAGCUGAUAGAUGAUGCCUUACAGAUUACCUAGCACUGGAACUUUCCUAGAGUAAUGACUCUGCUGUCAAUUUUUCUCUGGGCUCAUUCUUCCACUUAUUUAUGAUCUAUGCCUAACAGAGCACCAGUACAACUGUUUUGCAGACUAGCUAUUACCCUCGAGUUGCAACUAUAGCACACAUUAAGAAAAUAGUUGUACCCCCAGUAGAUAGAAACUGACCCCAACAAUAAACUUUGAUAAUAAAGAAA